AUGGUUUGGUGGACCUCACCAGCGAAAGAAGUCCUCAAUGUCCUGUUCAACAGGAUUCUCGCCCCUUAUGUCGAGAACCUGGAUAUGAACCAGGUCAACUACGGCAUAGGACAAGGUCAACUGACGCUCCGGAAUUUACGAUUGAAGAAGGGCGCUCUAGACAAGUUCAGACUCCCGGUAGAUGUCAUUGAGGGGCAUCUGGGCACGUUCACGCUUUCCCUGCAUUGGAUGAACCUCGGCAAUCAGCCCGUGGAAGUCUUUGUCGAGGAUGUAUACCUUCUCGUCGUUCCCUCACCGCAAAGCAGCGAUGAUCCGGAGGAGGAUGAACGAAGAGCGCAAGCGGCCAAAGCCGAACGCAUACAGAACGCGGAGCUGCUCCAUAUGCGCGGGCAGGCAGAGGCGCCUGAAGGAGAAACCCAGCAAUCCCAAGGACUUAUUGCCUCCUUGAUUGCGAAAAUCGUGAACAAUCUGCAAGUGACCGUCAAGAACAUCCACGUCCGCUACGAGGACAAAAUGAGCGUACCAGGACACCCCUUCGCGGCUGGUUUGACUCUUUCGGGCUUUUCCGCAGCAUCUGUGAACGAUCAAUGGCAGCCCGCUUUCAUUGAGAGUACCGCUGGGAAGAUUCACAAGCUCGGCAAACUCGAAUCUUUAGCUCUAUACUUCAAUACCGAUGCCGAGAGCUUGGAAGGGUUACCCCACGCAGGUUUUGUUAAGCGAUUCUAUGACUCGAUCGCCAAUACCGAAAAUCAUCCAGAGCACCAAUUCAUCGUGAAGCCCAUUAGCGGCGAAGGACGAAUCGUUAUGAACCACAAGCUCGACAAGGAUACUCCACGGUUCGAUGUGCAGCUCCUCUUCGACGAGAUUGGCCUCGCUUUGGAUGACGAUCAGUACCGCGACGCGAUUUCGUUGGUGGACAUGUUCCACUUCUAUGCUCGCCAACAUCAAUACAAAAAGUACCGUCCGUCCGAGGAGGAGUUCCGGAAAAAUCGGCCUCGAGCUCUGCUCGACUUUGCCGGCAAAGCUAUACUUGCCGAUAUCCACGAUCGGCACCGGCGGUGGACAUGGGCCUACUUCGCGGAGAGGAGGGAUGAUCGGAUAGCAUAUGUCGAUCUUUUCAAGAAGAAGCUUCUCAGCCAGCUGGCUGGAAUGGAUCUUAAACGAUUCGAUGAUCUGGAGAAGAAGCUGUCGUAUGAAGAUAUCCGUUUCUAUCGGUCGAUAGCGAGGUCACAGCUCCGGAAGGAUAUCGCUUCGCGCCGGAAGCUUGAAGAAGAAAAGAAGACCCAGCAGCCUUCGACACAACAAGCGUCGUCAGGAGGCUGGACGUCUUGGAUUUGGGGAUCAUCUCAGCCUGACAAGCCCGCUGAAGAACAGGACGCGUUGUUCGGCGGUCCCAUGACCGAGCAGCAACGCAAGGAGCUCUAUAGUGCCUUAAACAUGGACGAGCAGGACGAAGUCGCAAACUCCCUGGAAGCUCCUCGUGAUGCUCUUAAGGCUCGUGUCCACGCCAAACUGAGCAAAGGAUCAUUUACGUUACGACGAGAUCCACAUGGGAAUGCAAACGAUAUCAUUUCAAUCGUUUUUGACGCUUUCCAAGCGGACGUCAUACAACGACCAGAGAACUUGGAGACAGCCGUUUCCCUCGGAGGUUUCCGCGUUUUUGACGGGACUACAACGAACACACUCUACUCGCAGAUUGUCCAUGUCCAGGAGCUCAGCUCUAACGAAAGCGACACAGACCCAUUCUUCUUCCUCAAGUUCGAGAAUAAUCCUCUGGACGAACGUGCGGACACUGCGCUGACUGUACGUAUGCGGAACAUGGAGAUCAUUUAUCAUAAGGGAUAUGUGGAGGCUAUAUACCAGUUCUUCAAGCCUCCCGCUAGUCAACUCGAAUCUGUAGAAGCUCUUCUUGACGUGGCGAGCCAGACACUCGAGGGCAUUCGAAGAGAUACCCGGGCAGGACUAGAGUACGCCCUUCAGACCCACAAGACUAUCGACGUGCAGAUGGAUUUGAAUGCGCCGAUAAUCAUCAUCCCUGAGGACAUCACAACGAAUCGAUGCAAGCAUUUGGUUAUCGACGCUGGACACAUAGCGAUAGAGAGCGAGCUGGCCGACAAGAAGGCCAUCCGAGAAGUGCAGAUGAAGCGCAAGCAACAAUAUUCUGACGAUGACUAUCGAAGACUCGAGUCCUUGAUGUAUGACAAGUUUUCAUUCAAGCUCGAAGCCGCACAGUUUGUGCUCGGAGACGACCUCGAUUCGUGCCGGAAAGCGCUCACUUCUAGCGACGGGGACUCGCUCCAUCUUCUGGAACGCAUCAACAUCGACUUCCAGGUCCAAAAUUCCAUUGUACCGAAAGCGGUCAACCUAGCUCGCUUCAAAGUCGCUGGCAAGCUGCCGACGCUGCAAGUGAACCUCUCGGACACCAAGUAUAAGACAUUGAUGCGAUUGAUUGAUGUCGCUAUCCCGAAUUUCGACAAUGGCACCUCAGCCCCCGUACAUGUUCCGCCGAUUAUGGGUUCCACGCGUCCUACACUCCCUACUAGGCACGUUUCGGGAGGCUUUGCUCCGCUAACUACGGGUCUCUUUGGAGGAGCGGGUAGGGAAUACAACGUUGACACCGAUACCGAAGGAGAUGAUGACGACGAUGACGACGAUCAGGAUGAAUUCUUUGAGGUGCAGCAAGAAACCGACGUCAAGGUACUCGAGUUGCAUCAAUCGAUAUUUGAAUUCAACUUUCAAGUCAAGGAAUUGCGAGUCAACAUCUCGCGCUCAGAUGGCAAAGGAAGCGAGAAUCAGCUUGCUGAGGUUUAUCUGACAAAUUUCGUGCUCGCGCUAGCGGUUGCGAAGUUUGACAUCAAAGUCGGCAUCGAUCUUCAAUCCCUGGCAAUGGACGUAGUGCAGUCCGGGCAACCUCCCAUGAAAUUCAUCACGUCAGCGGUCUCGGAUACAUCAGAGGCAAAGGGACUGCUGAGUGUGAAGUACACCCGGGUACAAAAGGCAUCACCCGAGUACAGCAGCGUUUAUGAAGGCAUCGAUCAAAACGUUGAUAUCAAAAUCUCGACGUUCAUCUUCCGGGCAGCACCGGAACCGGUGGUGACUCUGUAUGACUUCAUCAUGACUACUUUCGUUCCCAAAUCGGGGCAGAAUACUCCUUCACCCAGCGGCACACCAGAAGAGGAUGUCCUGGUGCCACAGGAGGACACGCAGGUACAGACGGCUGCUCAGGAAAAGAUUCGGGUUCUCGUUACACUUGCCAGUGUCCAAGUUAUCCUCAUCAAUGAGUCCGUCAGACUGGCCACGCUUUCUCUGUCAACCGCCCAGGUUUCGGUCAUGUUGCGUGGCCCGACGAUGGGCAUCACCGGACGUUUGGGCAGCAUGUCUCUGAGUGACGAUUCUGAGCUACAAACAGCUUUAGCUGAGUUCAAGGAGAUCAUGACCAUCGAGGGCGAUAAUUUCGCCGACUUCAGGUAUCAGACUUACGAUCCCAAUGACCUCGAUGACAAGCCCGGAAUCAGCUCGCAAGUGUGGUUCAAGGCAGCCUCUAUCAAGGUGCAUUUCUUGGAGAAGCCCCUUCAUGACAUAUAUCUGUUCCUCGUCAAACUCGCAAAUCUCAAGGACCUCUACGACGUGGCGGCACAGGCUGCCGUUCAACGCGCUUCCGAGAUUCAGCGAAUGCAAUUCGACGUCUCGAUCAAGUCGCCUAUCGUGGUCUUCCCUGCCGAUGCUGCUAAAUCACCAGACACAUUAGUCUUGAGGCUGGGCGAGAUUGGCGCCAAGAAUCAGUACGAGGGCCUGGAGAAUCGCUUGGCUGCUAGUUUGCGGGGCAUACAACUAGUUUCACGCAUGCAUCGUGAUGAAUCAGAGUCUAUCUUGAAGAUGAUCGACGACAUCGACGUCACCGCGGAUCUCGUUCAGACCAACGGUAUUGACCGCAAUGUUGAGCUGGAGCACCCAGACUCCCACAUCGUAGUCAAGGUUUCAGACGUGAAGUUGCACCUUACCCAGACGCAGUACCGAUGGUUGAUGGCCUUAUUGAACGCUAUCCCUCGGGUGCUGGCCGCAGACUCCGAUGGCAGUUCGCAAGCGACUCGGGCAGCGGACGAAUCUCCGCUUUUACCGAGUCCAGCUCCAGCCGCCGAGAAGCCAAGUGCAGCUUCCGCACCAGCGUCGGAUCUGCAACCGGAGCUGAGGCCAAUGCCGGAUGAUGCGAACGCUCGCACUUGGCCAGCAGUUGACCUUGUUCUCAGUCUCAAUACUGUCAAGCUCCAUUUAUACGAUGAGUUCGCUACCAGUGAAACCACCCUCAAGUCUCAUGGAAUCUCGCGCUUCGCGUUGAAUGGCACCACUUUACGACUGAAGAUGCUGAACAACGGUGCCUUGGAGGCACAGCUUGUCUUGCACUCGUUCACCAUGAGCGAUACUCGUCCAGGCAAUUUCAAGUAUCGCGAAAUUAUCCCCGCCGCUCAGCAUGAUCGAAAUCAGUUCAUGGUAUUGUAUACCAGUUCUGGCGGCAACCAGGGCACAUCCCUUGCUGUGGUCACAUCCCUUGCUGUGGUCACCAUCGACGCCCCUCACAUCAUAUUCGCCAUCGAUCCCGUGUUCGCGCUUCUCGAUUUCUUCACGGCUGGUUUAGAAUCGGUCGGCGAGACAUCUGAAGCAGAGGAGGGGGAGGAAGUUCACGCCAACACUCCGACAUCAGCCACAGGACUCGACUUCCGGGUUGACAUGCAUGACGUGUCGGUCAGUAUACUCGAGAACGACACGGUCGCGGAUAGCCAAGCAAUCGCCUUGUCAGUGCAACAACUUCUACUGUCUCAACAGGGAAUAAUGGCAUUGACGGUAGAACGUCUCGGGAUGUCCCUUACGCGUAUGGGGAAGCCACUCGAAAGUGUUCGAUUCCUGGAUGACGUAGACUUGACCAUAUCCUUGGACAACCGGACGUCGUCUUCUCAGCAGAUGACUAGCAUCGAGAUCUCCUCUAAGCCCAUCGUCUUCAGAGCAUCGUAUCGUGACAUCACACUCAUCACAAAUAUUGUCAAUAAGGCCGUUGCUUUAUAUGGCAAGUCCGCUCAAGGUCGAAUUCAGCCGCAAUCUCAGGCGCGUUCAGGCCAGACGGCCAGGACAGUUUCUCAGUCAGGCGCGAACCGCAAGCCAAGCGUCGGCAGCCGAGCACAGGUUCUGAUGACAAGGGAGCAGCUCAAGGCAUCGUUUGACGGGUUCCGCCUGGUCCUCAUCGGAGACCUGCACGAGCAGCCGAUGCUCCAUCUCAGGGUCAAGCCGUUCAUCAUCGGAGCCAAGGACUGGUCGGGAGAGCUCAGAGCCACCACAACUCUGGCAACCCACCUGGGAUACUGGAAUUUGACCAACUCGCACUGGGAACCAAUGAUUGACCCAUGGACGUUCACAAUUUCGGUUGCUAGAGAAGGCCCAAGCUCCGGCACAAACUUGACACUCUCUGCACGAGAGCGGUUAGAUCUGAAUAUCAGCACGACCUUGAUCGAGCUGGGGCUAGGUAUGCUCAACACGUGGACUAAGGAAGGCGAAUUUGUCUUGCAGAAGGCCCGUGGGAGCUAUGCUCCGUACCACAUACGCAAUCUCACAGGAUCCUCCAUCUAUAUCUGGUCUGACAUCGACGGAAGCCAGGAUGCGAAGGACACCAGCGCAACUAAGAUCAGCAAUGGAGAGAGCGUCGAUUGGCGUUUUGACGAUUGGAAGACUAUGCGCGAGCAUUUCUCGUCAUCAGGCCAAAAUCAUAUUGGGCUGCAGUUCGUCGGCAAGCCUUGGGAGAAGUUGCGGAGCAUUCCAGUGGAUCGCGAAGGGGAAUAUGUCUUUGCGUUGCUCCCGAAGAUGGAGAAGUACACGGACCGGAUGCUUUGCGAAGUCAAGGUCGAGGAUAAUGUGAAGGUCGUCACGUUCCGAUCCACUUAUAAGAUUGAGAACGAGACAUUGUACCCAUUGGAGUUGACUAUGGUGGACGAGAGUGGACAUCCAACACACUCCUUCGAGAAGAUUGCUCCCGGACAGUCGUACGCCCUUCCCAUCGAAGCUGUUGUACAGAACCGCAUCAGACUUCAACCCGACCAGGGUUUCGGCUACAAAUUGUCCCCGCCAAUCAGGUGGGAGGACCUGAUUGCUAAGAAAAGCUUCACGAUCAAGUGUUCUCACCAUGACGAACGCGAGGCCGCUUUCCGUUUCCAUGCUUCAGUGCAAGCUGAUCUUAACGAUCCUAUCGCAAGGAAAUAUCCGAAGCUUGCAUUACGGUUGCGUGCGCCGAUAGAACUCGAGAACCUCUUGCCGUACAAUUUGGAGUAUCGGAUCUAUGACAAGGACACGGAUCAGAACUGGCGUAGUUACUUGCGGAAAGGAGGCUUGAUGCCGGUUCAUUCCGUUGAACUGGGGCACCUCGUCCUCCUGAACGUCAUUGUCCAGGACACUGGAUUCAAACCGAGCGAUUUUGCCAUCAUCAACACCGACGGGCAUUCCGACUUCAAUGUUGAAAGUCGCCUCACGUUGAGAGACGCCCGAGAUAGGAAGCUGGAUCUGCGACUCAAUUAUGUACGACCAUCCGACGGUGGCGGCGCGUUCAAAGUCCAGAUCUAUAGCCCAUAUCUCGUCAUCAACCGCACUGGGUUACCUUUCGCCGUACGCUCGCGGUCAUCGCGAGCCGCUCAACCUCAGGACGUGGCGGGCGAAACCAGUCAAGACGUCUUGAGUACUUCGGCACCAUUCUUAUUGUCGUCUUCCAGCGAUCGAGGUCAUGACUUCACCUUCAGGGUUGGAGAAUCGACGUGGUCCAAGCUCGUGAGCUUCGAGGCUCCAUCGGCCGAUACGGGGCUUGUCAUUGCAUCGGCUAGACAAAAAUCGGAUGAGAUACACAUUGGUCUCUCUUGGACCGAAGGCUUAGGGAAGUACAAGCUGACGAAAGUGAUAACGCUCCGUCCUCGAUUCACCCUCAAGAAUAACCUCACUGAAAGGAUCAGCUUCCGUGAGCAUGGAUGUGCUCCCCGUGAUCUCUCGGAAUUGGGUCCGGGAGAGGGAGUACCAUUGCAUUUCAUGCGUGCAGCGCGCGAUAAGCUCCUUACUCUUGCCUUCCCUGGACUCAAUGCUGUGUGGUGUGCGCCGUUCAACAUCGAGGAUAUCGGGGCCGUACACCUCCGCGUUCAAAAACCAGGCCAGGAGCGAGAGCAGCUCAUCCGCGCGGACGUAAAAAUUAGUGGUUCCUCCAUUCAUGUGUCAUUCAACGAAGAAACCAACGGCUGGCCAUUUGUAAUUGAGAACGGGAGCGAUUACAGCGUGUCAUUCUAUCAAACAGACUCGCGAAUGGAAGCCGACAAGCCGGCCAACUUCAGCAAAGCGUAUAGUCUCGGACCACAUUCCUCGUUGAAUUACGCAUGGGACUACCCUGCUGCGCGAGAGAAGAAGAUCAUGCUGACGAUCAACAAUGCUCACCGCGCUGUGGAUAUCAUGGAAAUCGGUGACCUUGUCCCCUUCAGGUUUUAUGAUCGGCAAACGUCAAAAGCUGUCUCACUUGAUGUUAGGGCCGACGGGCAUCAGCAGAUCCUGAGCAUCACCAACUAUGAUGCCGAGCAUAGCUUAUACAAGCCUCGCCGAAGAAGUACAGGAUCGCUUGCGAGGUCGGACACGAUGUCAAGUGGCCAAGAAACAUUCGAGGCCGUAACCGAAGACAUCACGCCGACGUUCGCCGUCAAUAUCGACUUCGCUGGGAUUGGAUUGUCCCUUAUGAACAGAAAGAUGGUUGAAGUGGUUUAUCUUUCCAUCAAUACCCUGAAGUUCGAGUAUACCACCAGCGAUGUUGCGCAGGCUAUGACCCUCGCUUGUGGCACCCUGCAGAUCGACAACCAGCUCCACGACGCUAUUUUCCCUGUGGUACUUCAGCCGACACCUGUAUCCAAAGAGUCCACAGGCGUAGCGGCGUUGCCUACCGUGCAAGCCUCGUUGAUCUGGCUGAAUGAUGAUGAACACGGAGUUUUCUUCAUCAAAUAUUGUUCAAUAUUACUGCAAGCUUUGACCAUCGAGGCCGAUGAAGACUUCUUGUUCGCCGUCUACGAGCUGACGCAAAUCUCUGGUGCCUGGGACAACGCAGAACAAGACAAACUCAUCUCCGACUCCGACGAUGAUGUCGAGGCUACUGAUGCGAAGGCUGGCAAGGACCUUUAUUUCGAAGUGCUCGAGUUGCAGCCCAUCAAAUUGUCUAUAUCCUUCAUGGUUACUGGACGACUCAGUGGUGAUGCGAAACUGAGUUCUCGGAACCCUCUCGCCGUAGUUCUGAAUGCUCUUACGAUGACGCUGGGCAACGUCAACGAUGCCGCAUUGGAGAUGAAUGCGUUAGCUAUCAAGGACAUGCGGCUCACCGCGCCUGAUUUGCAAGAGCGGAUCGUGUACCAUUACCGUCAGGAGGUCCUCCGUCAGAUUUAUCGCAUUUUGGGGUCUGCGGACUUCAUAGGAAAUCCUGUCGGGCUAUUCACUAACGUUAGCUCCGGCGUGGCGGAUAUAUUCUACGAGCCUAUCAAUGGUCUCGUCAUGCAUGGCAAUAAGGAGCUUGGCAUAGGUAUCGCGAAGGGUGCCGCAAGCUUUGUGAAGAAAACGGUGUUUGGGGUGACCGAUAGUAUGACCAAGUUCACGAGCAGCCUUGGCAAGGGUCUCUCUGCUGCGACGCUGGACUCGGACUAUCAGCUGCGGAGAAGAAUGACGCAAAGGCGGAACAAACCUCGGCAUGCCAUUUACGGCGUAACCGCCGGCGCUGAAGCGUUUGCUACGAGUAUUGCCAGUGGCAUGGAAGGUGUUGUGCUAAAACCGAUCGAAGGGGCGGAGUCAGGUGGGGCAUUUGGCUUUUUCAAGGGCGUCGGCAAAGGCCUCGUGGGCGCCGUGACCAAGCCUGUAGUCGGUGUAUUCGAUCUCGCUUCCAACGUCACAGAAGGUAUCCGCAACACGACGACGGUCUUCGACAAUCCAGCAAGGGAUCGUGUGCGGCUUCCUCGGCAUGUUCCUGCGGACGGCGUGCUCGUCCCAUACUCUGAGCGUGAAGCACUAGGACAAUUCUGGAUGAAAGACCUAGACAACGGAGCAUACCGCCAGGAACUCUACGUCGCACAUAUCAACUUACCGGGAGGCGAUAACGUGGUACUGUUGACCGCCACGCGCGUACUCUCCUUCUGGUCCAAGCGCCUACGCCUUGAAUGGGAAUUACCAUUCACCUCGGUGCAAGGAGUGACUAUCGAAGACACGGGUAUACGGUUCGCCCAUAAGGCUGGCAAAGUUCACGACAAGUUUGUCCUCAUCCAGGACAAGUCGUCGCGGGCGUGGUUCUUCUCUCAAGUGGCCACGGUUGUCAAAGCUUUCAACGUUCGCAGGCGUAUGGAGUUAUGA